GCUCCCCAAAUUAUUUCUUAUCAAUGACAACCUUUAUUAAAGACCGUUUAAAAUCUCGGCGCCUUAGAAAACCAGAAAAAGAGAAGCCAAUUCCUAAUACUUCUACUGUCCGUAGAGGAAGAGGUCGGCCAAGAAAACAGUCUCAUCCAAUAAUAAAAAACGAAAAAAUCGACCCAGAGAGAGAAUUACUUGAAAAGGGUAUUCACCCAGUCUACCAGCAACUGCUCAAAGAUAUUCAUCGAGACAAGCUUGAGCGCCAAGCAAGAGUAACUAAAACACGAGAUCUUGAAUACGAAGCAGCCAGAAAAUGGUUUGAAGCUCGUGAGAAGCAAGCAUGGGAUGAGUUCUAUACAGGUCAAGUUAGAGCACGGUUAGAGAUGACACAUUCAUUACAAGCUAGUAUUGCAAAAUUAGAACAAGAGAUGCUAGAACUGUCUCGCAGAAAAGAUCGAGACAAUCGGCGAUCUAGUACGCCUACACUUGCCUAUUCUGAUCUUGAAUCCAAUAGUAUCUACACUUCUCCAAUCGCAUUACCAGAGAGUGUAAUGCAUACACCAUAUUAUAAAGGUUUACUGGAUCCUUCAACAAAGACCAUGUAAAUAAAUACACAUACACAUAUACAUAUUAUUAAUAUCGUUAUCCACCUAUAAUUAAUAAAACAAAAAUUAACAUUCAUUUUACUGUAUAGAAAAAUUGAUAUUUGUACCAAU